AUGAGAUACGUCUUUACUGACCUGUUAGUUUUGUGUAUGACAAUUGCGAGUUUUGGAAUCAAAGUAAAUUAUAAAUAUGAAUGGAAUUAUGCUGACUUCAUAUGGGAAAGUAACGAACAGAAGGAAGAAGCAAUAAAUUCUGGUAAUUACAAUCGUUCUGCGUGCGUAUUAUUCGAUGUGGACAAAGCAAAAGACGGUAGGAUAUUCAUUACUGCUUGGAAAGAACUGGGUCCUGGUGCACCUGCUAGUUUGGCGACUAUAACAGAUAAGAUAGGACCAGGAGGGCCACUUUUACGACCAUAUCCGGACUGGAGUUGGCAUAAUAGUACGUGCGAUGGUAUUGUGAGUGUAACACGGGUACAUAUUAGGUGCAAUCACAUCUUUGUUCUGGAUAGUGGUAGUAUUGGGCCUAACCAGAUUUGUAAUCCAAAACUGUUGAUCUUUAACUUGAAAGAUGAUACGCUAGUAAAAACUAUAUAUAUUCCAAUUGAUAUUGCUAGUAAUGCAACGGGUUCUGGAUUAUUGGCAGUGCCUUUCGUUUAUAUUCCUGGUGAAUGCACGCAUUUUCUGGAUAAAAUGAUUAUAUUCAUAGCUGAUGUACGAGGUAAAGGUUUAGUAGUAUAUGACUCAUCUGUGAAGAGUAUGUGCAGAGUAGAAUCUGAUUACAUGAUACCCACUAAAAAGGUUGUUUCCAUAUCAAAUAAAAAAUUUCCUUAUGAUGGCGGUGUCUUCGGUACAGUAACGCUUUACGAUGAACUUUAUUAUGUUACUACGCCGGGAACGAUAAUUUAUAAAAUAAAAAUCGAAUCGUUAUUAAAAUGUACAAAUAAAAAAAAAACUAAUGAACUAACUAAAGUUGCGAUAAAAAUACCAAGCGAUUCAGCACAAAUAGCAUCUGCAGGACAUUCAAUAUUCUAUGGCGAUGCUGAUGGAAACGCCAUUUUAGGGACAAAUGUUUUCAAAAAAUCAGGUGCAAAUACGAUAAAGCUUGCACAAAACGAUGAAAAAUUACAAGGUAUAAGUUCGUUAAAAACUCCAUAUUAUUGGAAUAAGUUAAUUGGUCUAUCAGAUCGAUAUCAUCUGUUUGCUCUUGGUAUUGCAAACUUAAAAGACAUAAACUUCCGUUAUUUCGAAAUGGAUUUAGCAGAAAUACAAAAAAAGAUGAAUUCGAUUUCUUGA